AUGGUUUCUCAGCCACCAAAGGAGACCUCCUCUGGAGGAUCUGCUACUCGGAAGACCCCUGACAGUGAACUCGCCUCGUUCACUUUCCACGCUCAGCAGCCGACUGUCAGCCCUCUGGUUGGAAGAUCCCGAGAAAUGGACCCUCGAGUUCCUAUGGACCCAUUCAUGGCACGCGCCUACAACCUAUUCGAAAACGCGGACCUUGUGGAUAGUCCGAUCUCCUUGGGAAGUACACCUGCGCAGUCGUUGCCUGUCUAUCUUGAUCCGACAGCUGCACCCGUGAACCCGAAUUACCCUGUUGCAACUCCACCAUCGGGCUCUUACGGACGCAUCCCAUUCAGUCUGCCUCUACGAGGUCCAGCCCAUGUCACAUACGACGCAUCGGCAAAUUCGGGUCCCACUUCGCACCCCCGCGAACCUUUUGGUAUCCAGAACAACUUCGUCAGCCCUCAGAUCUCGCCCUUGCAGCCUAAGGAUCUGGAAACUUCAAUUUGCGAUGAUCGUCGGUUCCUUGUGCGCAACGUGGACACAGACACGGAGGGCCUUGAGGUGGUUCAGUUGUUUCAGAAUCUCGCGUCUGUCAAUGGUCCCUUUUGGACUACUUUGAACCUCACUGGUCGUUUUUUUGUUUCCUUCUCUGACAGUAGGGAUGUCGAUGUUGCCAUCCAGCGCAUCAAUCGCGACUACAAGGAAUGGGAACUGGUUCCUCUCUCCGCAGAGGACUUUGCUCGCGACAGCCGUAUGGUCAGCCCCUUGCCCCUGAGCUUUGAUGACUCUGUUGUGGUCACAGUCUAUUGUGGAACAUAUUCUACGAUCCAGCCUUCAAACGUUCUCGCACGAAUCAAGCAGUUUUUGGAGUUGGCUGGCAAAGUGCAUUCGAUUCAUGAGCUCCAGUUUGGUAUUCCGUCUGACGGAUCCCGAUUGACAACUCAUGAGCUAGCUGUCAAGUACUUCGAUUCUCGCCAUGCAGCCAAUGCUGUAAAGGCGUUGAAUGCUACUCGCACUGCGGAUUUUGUGAUGGAAGUCAUGCCAUUGCAUCGUGAUAUGCCAAGCGCCACGCAGCGUCACUGGACUUCUGUCCCCAAAUCUCGUCGGGCCUCAAUGUCCUUCCCCGGAACACCAGCACGACGCAUGUACAUGUCGCCAAGUGACCCAGAAAGUCCUCCUAUUCCGGAUGAACUGAAGCCCGCUCGGAACGUCAUCGACCUGAGCAAGAUUUAUUACGGUCAAGAUGGACGCACGACUGUUAUGCUUCGAAACCUACCCAACCAAAUGACUUGGCAACAUCUGAAACAUGUCCUCGAUCUAACCAGUGCCAACUGUUAUGAUUUCAUGUACCUUCGCAUGGAUGCCAUAGAUUUUGAUCAAAACCAGAGUGUUGGUUACGCUUUUGUUAACUUCAGCGUUCCCCUGGAUAUCAUGGCGUUCAUGGAGGCUCGCGAGAGCAUGUGUUGGCCCGGAUUCGAAACCCAUGUCGAAAAAGUCGCUGAGAUGUCCUAUGCCACGGUGCAAGGUAGGGAAGCUCUUGUCGAGAAGUUCCGGAACAGCCCGGUUAUGCUCAACCAUCCAGACAAUCGUCCCAAACUAUUCCACACUUCUGGUCCUCGUACUGGUCGAUUGGCCUCAUUCCCACCGGUGAACAACUUCUUCAUCCUGGCUAAAGGCGUGGAUAGAAGCCGACGAAGUGGAUUGUACAGAGGACCACCGCCAGGCACUGGCGGCUUUCGUCAUUCCAUGGGUCCACACCCCCGCAUGGUGUCGGUAGACAGCAACGAGUCCGGCGGCGUCCGACUUGACCGUGAAACAUCGAUGCCAAUGCCGACUUCAAUGUCGACCCCGAUCCGCGGACCACACAGCCAUGGCGACCGUUCUCACCACUCUGUGCCUGGUUCACACGGCCAUCCUCGUCCUGCUGGAACUCGUGGCAAUCAUCGCUCGGGACCUCCGCCCCUUGAUCGUGGAGCUGGAGCCUCACACUCCUGGAACAACAGUUCGCGACCUUCUCGUACCGACUAG